AUCAGGAAAUGAGCUUAGAACGAGCGGUGUGACUGUUCCCUCGCUCGUUCACGCCGUGCUGAUGAUGGCGAUGGGCCUGAGGAGGAGGCUGCUUUCUCCAGGGAGACCGCCACGUGACGUUUACCGUUAUGGUUUAAAUCGCUGACCUCUGCGAAGGAUCUGGGCCGCCUUCAUUCCUGCGUCACGGUUGAAUGUGUGGGAAAGAAACUAGCUGAAGAUGCAGGGAGCCAUAGCACGGGUGUGCGUGGUGGUGGCGGCCGCCAUUUUGAACCACCCGCUGCUCUUCCCUCAGGAGAACGCCUCCCUCCGGGACCAGGAUGAGGAGCUGAUUGCCCGGAUGCGGGAGCGCGAGGAGAGGCUGGAGAUGGAGAAGGCCCGGUUGGAGCUGGAGCUUUCACAGUCGGGCUCCAAGCAGGAGGAACCCGGCGCAGAGGAAGCUUACAGUUGGUGCCUUUGGAGCACCGUGACGUUCGUCAUAUUUUUCACCAUCGAGCUGUGCCGGGUCGACCCGGCCGACGCUGAGAUCCGGCCCGCUGAGGAUGAAGAUGCGUUGUUGGAGAGUGGCUCUAUCACCCCCAGCACAGUGGUCCUCGAUAAGGACAUCCUGAGCAGCUUCUGUCACAAGUGCACGCGCGCCUCAGCCCAUGAAAACUGGAGGGUGAGGGAGUUUGUCGAGGGUUUGGCCGACGACCUGCUGGAAUCGCUCCGGAGCGUCUGCGACAGGGAGGCCGACAUGGAGGUCGGGGACUUCGUGGGGGUGGGCAGCAUGUUCGAGUCCUGGAAGGCGUGCCGGCCCCUGACGUGCGACCUUCUCGUGCCGUUCUCGCCGCCGGAGCCGCACUCCUUCCGCUUCCAGCUGUGGUGCGGCCCCGGCGCCGACGCGCCCCCGGACCUGCAGGGCUGCGGCAGGAUAAGCGUGCACGCGGACGGCGCCGCCGGCUGCCUCUGCGGCGCCGCCGGCCUGGGGGACGACGUGCUGUGCCUCCUGCACGGCGGGAGCGACGCCCCCGGGGCGGAGCGCGGCCUCGACGAGCUGCUGUGCUCCAGGAACACGCCUCUCUUGGCCAAAGACCGCGUCAUGAGGUGGUUCCAGAUAUCCGUGACCAAAGCGUGGGGGCGCAUCUCUCACAAAUACGACUUUGAGGUCACCUUUCGCAACCUGGAUGCGGCGGGUGCUCUGAAGGUCCGGUUCCGCUCGGGGAAGGUGAUUGUGAUGAACAUCAUCCCUGUGGUGCAGCUGGAGGACACGGACGCCUACUUUGUGUCACACUUCCCUUCGGACGCAGACGCCCCCGCGGACCCCUACUGGCCCCUCUCGUUUGCCGUCUACGAGAGGAACUUGUUGAAGCAUUUUGCGAAGCGCCUUCCAGGAAACUCCUGCCACUUGCACUGCCUUCAGAUUGUUACGUUCCUGCACAAAAAGCAGACUGGGCUCACGGGGAAAAGUGCCAUCACCACCUACCAUUUGAAGACGGUUUUGCUGCACCUGUUGCUGAGUAGCAGUCCGUCCGCGUGGCUCGCAGAGAGCAUGGAGCACAGGCUGCGGGACGCGCUCGGCUUCCUGCAGAGGAGCCUGCAGGAGAAGACGCUCCGCCACGCGUUGAUCGGAAACCGCAAGGUCCCGGAGGAGAUCCAGCUGCCUGAGGUCAUCCGUAGAGCGGAGCCCCUCAAUCUGUUCAGGCCUCUGGUUUUGCAGUCGGACCUUUAUGCGGCCACAGUAAGGCAUUACCAAGAGAUGCUGAGAAACGCACCCGUGCUCCUGCAGGAGUACACGCCUCAUUUGUCCAAUGGGGGUUUACACCACAGCCUGGAUCAAAGUUUGUGAGCAAUAACAGUGUUCAGUCUGUUUUUUUUACUCUUAUCAAAUUAAAGUGUGAGUAGAACUCAGUUUACACAUCAGUUACCAUUCAUUCCUCGCUCUAAAAUAUGCAGCGACAAGUACAUGAAGAGUAUUUAUAAAGGUAAACAUUGUAAUAGAUUUUUUUUAGGUUUAGUGUUUUAACCAAACAGUGGAGCCGUGUUUCAUUAAAUCUGGCACAUUUAAAAAAAUAUUUUAUAACAAUUAGGUCAAUUAGCUUCUUUUUGUUGGUACUGUCAUUCACAAACAAUUUUUACUUUGAGUAAAUGACUUCAUUUUGGAAACAUUUUACUAGUAAUACAGCUCAAACUAUGCAAUAUGUGUGAAUGGAACUUUACAAAUGAGCACAGCAGCAUUUCUCCUUCAUACUGCAGCAGAAUCAGUGGCAGCUAUUCCAUUAUUAGAGAAGAUCGUUCAUGUUGCCUGUUACAUUUUCUGGUAUUGGUGUUAAAUUGUUGUUACCGUUCAACUUAAAUACUAUAGGACCAUCCUGUAAUGCCUGUCAGGAAAGCACAACAUACUAACUUUCCAUGUCAGAAUACAGAAAUGAACAAACAGAUCAGGUGAUUACAUUCACCAUUUAUUGGUAAGUGCCACAUUUGGAUGGAUUAUUGAAAAAUGUUUUGUUAUCACAAUAUUGUCCGUCACGGACCAGACAUUACACUGAAAAACAAAACAGGUCCUUAUCAUCUAAUAAAAAAUGUAUCAUGUAGUUUGUUUGCCUAAUCAGAAAUUUAACAAAAUAUAAACAUGUAAAAGUAUGAAAAACAACCACAAAUCCAGAUUAUCUCGGCCCCAGAACAUGCCAACAAAUGGACGGUUUGAGAUCAGUAUUAUGAUUUUACAGGCCAUAGUCAUAGUUUGCUUUGCCGUCAAAGUAGGACUUGUAGAAGCCCCUGUAGGUGUCUACGCUGUGCCCGGAGGCUUUGACAGCUGGGUCCUGGGACAUGCACUCUGUCCACUUCUUUAACUCAGGAGUCUUGUCAAGGCAGCUGAAAAGACCAAGAGACUCAGGUCAAUUUCCAGAGACCAUAUUAGAAAACAUUAACUCUCAAACAUAUCAGAUGUCAUUGAAGAUAGAUGACAAAAAAGACUGUAUGCUCUGUUCCUGAAGAUUCCUUGCUUGUUGUUGUUUUCUUAUAAACUAAUAUUUUUGUAGUACCUUUUGAAGAAGAUACUAUGUCGUUGCAAACCAUAAAUAAAAUGUAUUUAUUAUGAAAGUG